GUCACACCUACUGAAAUGUUAUGCAUAGAUAUACCAAAAAUAUAAAGCACUUCGGUGCAAGCCAUAACUUUUUAUCUUAAAUAUAUAUACCUGCUGAAACAAGUGAUUAUGGCAGCCUGUGGACUAUUACGAAUUCUGUUAUGUGUUGGAUUUACUUGUGUCUAUGUAGUUGUGUCCUUUCCAUUUUUUGCGGAUCACCAUCUGCCGUCCAAUAUGGCCCCUGUUAACUGUGGCGGAAACAGAACAGUGUAUAUAGUUACAGCUAUUGGACAUCGGUUAUGUGGAGAGGAUUAUUUUUACAUAAAAAAAGACAAACUGAAUCAAUUCGGAAAAGAUUUUAAAGAUUCCAAGUAUGACUGGCCAACAUUGUGUAAGAUGGACUCGGAUAACGAUAACCGCACAAACGGAGAGGAACUAGGCGACCCAGAAUGCAUCUGGAAUAAUCAUUACACGACAGAGGCGGUCAGUCAUCCAGGUUAUGCUGAGGACGAGAUUCUAGAUGACGCUGGCAACGUUACUUACGUCAUAAAGAACUGGGAGGAGGAAGAGGCAUGUGGAAACAUUGUUAAGAUAGGGUGUUCGCAAUACACCCACGGAAAGGGGAUUACCACAAAAGAAUAAAAACUAGCAAACCAAAGUGCAACCCGAGUGAGCUUCAUUAGCACAUUGGAGACAUUAAUGUGAAUUUGACAACUGAAUUGUGCCUUUGCAUUGUUAAUUAUCAAUCGCCAAGAAGUGCAAAGACAAUGAUUUGUUAUAAACAAUUAACAAGUACAAGCGAACGCCCUCAUUUAUAGAUAUGCUUUAGACUAAUCUUAACGUUGUGGAAUAUAAUGGUAUAUUAUGACGUUUCUGUACAACAGUUCAUAAUAUUCAGAUUUCGUCAUCGUUGAAAUGUAAAAUAACACAAAAAUCCCCUCUUCUUUCGUGUUUUAGGAACUUUUAUUAUUAUUUCUGCAUUUAGGAUCUUGUGGUUUAUUGAUUAACUAGUUGCCAGAAGAUGUGACACUGUUUACAAUUUUAAUGUUAACAGUGCAAUUUAUACAAAGUAUAUGAAAUUUUAAUAUAUGUGGCUUUCAGGCCUUAAUUUGAUUACUAAUCUUUUACAUUGUUGUCAUUUUCUGCAAAAAAGUUUAAGUGAAAAUUGUAUUCAAAGUGUUGUCAUUUCAAAGUGAAAACACACUUCGAGACCCCGGUGUGUUUUUUUCAAACAAUACAUAUUAUAAAUAAAUUAUUUAUUACUUUUCUUCA